AAUUCGUUCCCCAAGUUUUCCCCGUCAGACUGUUAGUUAUUAUACAGUUGACAAUGCUAAUAUCUCAAAGACAAUCUGACAAACGUUAUAUACUCAAAAGUUUUUUGUCAUAUGUCGACGGGGACAACUUGGGGAAUGAGUUCCAGACGGACAGCGACUCCAAGCCCGUUGACUGCUUCCGGUCCAUUGAACCUGUGGUUCAUUUUUGUUUGCUUCUUAAAAAGUGUUGAAAUAGUAUUGACACAGAUCGAAUUCCAUAUUUUCUGAAGCUGCUCUAUCGUGAAAUUACUUUAUUUUACUUAGUGAAAGUUCUCCAUUCACAAUUCUAAAAAGCUCCCCGUCUCUUUAUCGUGGACUGUUCUGGGGUGAACCAGGGCGCGGGAGCCCCCUACUGGCGCUGACGGACGCCACAGUCAUGUCCGCGUGUGGUGACUUUGAGUCUCUGGAGGAAAGUCUGCAGCGCCACCUUCCUGCAGCUGACCUCGCUGAGGUGAAGCGUAUUCUGUUCGGGAAGGAAAUAAAGACACUGGAGCUCCCAGAAUGUGCUGUAGAAGCUGCCUCUCAACAUGACUUUGAGCUGAAGGGUUACAAGUUUGAAGCUGCACUGGAGCAGUUGAGGCCGCCCCGGAGGAUCAGGGUGGGACUCGUACAGCACCGCGUUGUUCUGCCGACCGACGCGCCCAUCCUGGACCAGAUCAAUGCCAUGCACAGCCGGGUUGGUGAAAUAGUGGAGGUCGCAGCCAAGUGUGGCGUGAACAUCGUCUGCUUCCAGGAGACCUGGACCAUGCCUUUUGCUUUCUGCACGCGUGAAAAAGAACCAUGGACGGAGUUUGCAGAGUCUGCUGAAGAGGGAAACACCACGCGCUUCUGCCAGGAGCUGGCCAAAAAACACAACAUGGUGGUGGUUUCACCGAUUCUGGAGCGAGAAGAUCUGAACAACACUCUGUGGAACACGGCAGUGGUCGUCUCCAACUCUGGAAAUGUGCUGGGAAAGAGCAGGAAGAACCAUAUUCCCAGGAUUGGGGACUUUAAUGAAUCAACUUAUUACAUGGAGGGCGACACCGGCCACACCGUGUUCCAGACAGCGUUUGGCAAAAUAGCCGUGAAUAUCUGUUAUGGGCGUCAUCACCCUCUCAACUGGUUCAUGUACAGCAUGAACGGAGCGGAGAUCAUCUUUAACCCGUCAGCUACUGUUGGAGCACUCAGUGAGCCCAUGUGGCCGAUAGAGGCCAGGAACGCAGCCAUCGCUAACCACUGCUUCACGUGUGCCAUCAACCGCGUUGGGACGGAGCAUUUCAAAAAUGAAUUCACGUCAGGUGACGGAAAGAAAGCUCAUCAUGACUUUGGACACUUCUAUGGAUCCAGUUACGUGGCUGCUCCUGACGGCAGCCGCAGUCCGGGCCUCUCCAGGACCCGUGACGGGCUGCUGGUGGUGGAAAUGGAUCUCAACCUUAACCGUCAAAUCAGCGAUAAAUGGAGUUUUAAGAUGACGGGCAGGUUCGCUGAGUAUGCAGAGGAACUGACUCAAGCUGUGCGACCUGACUUUAAACCCAACAUAGUGAAGGAGUAGAAGACAAUGACCAUUUACUGUCAUCCAUUUCACAAUGUGUUCAUUACUCCAUCAAUGUUUCAGAUUGAGCCUUUGUGUCUUUAUCUUGAUUUAUUUGUUGGAUUAUAUUAAUUUACAUUGAAUAAGAGGAAACAUAGUGUUCCUACAACAACAUGAGAUUAACACGCAGCACAAUCUCCCAUUCUAAUGAGUCUCUUUUUAACUAUCCAUUUAAAUUAAAACUGUUAAGGCGGAUCAGAAAUAGGUUAAACCAUGAGCAACAACAUUAAAAAGAUGGACUUUU